CUGAAUGGGACCAAGUUGGACUUCAUUGACGCACCCUGCAACCUGUGUUGAGAGCAGAGAUACCUACCAACAUACGUAUCCACAUCUGACAGGUUGACCGCUUGGAAGGAGGCAAUUGAGGUGCUCAGAAGAUACCUAUUCUGCCUCUUUACUGAAAGAAUAUUCAAAAGUGUCCUUGAUGGCCUUGCAGCAUACAGAGUCCAUGCUUGCGGAGCUUCUCCUGAAGAUUAAGGGUGCUGAGGGUGCCCUCUGUGCAUAGAGAUUCAAUUGAUCCAGAAGAGACUGGCAUACGCAAGGCUGUUGCUCGCUUGGGAUUUGCUGCUCAAAAGCAAUGUAGAGGGGCAAGAUAGACCACAGGUGCCAUGCCUCCGCUGUCAGACAGCUGCCCCUCUGAGGUCAGCAGAAAGCCCUCUCCUGCCCGUGUGCCUGGCCGGGCCAAGCUAUCCAUGACCUCAAAUGAGCCAAGAUCAGGACCGGGAAGAUCUGGUCUAACAUAUCCCCAGUCCCCAUCUUCCAACAGCAGACGACAAUCACCAGCGAGAACGCGGCCUUUGACCUCCAACAUUGGAGGGCGAGAUAGUGCCUUUGAAGGAUUAGGGUUCGGUGUGCCAGACGCGGGAGAUGCGGGAAUUAGGGUUCUGGAUGGUGGAAAGAGUCAGCGGGCAAAGAGUCCUUAUGCAGCCAGGAAUUACCAGUCCAGUGGCAGUCCCUACUUGGUGAAGGUGUAUGAUGUCACGCCCAGUCAGCGGAGCGCCAGCAGCAAGGGGCGUUCGGCAAGCCGGGAAAGGGCAGCCAGAAUGAGCACUGGGAAAGUGAGCGGUGUCAGCGAGCCCCACCGGAUGGUAGGUGGGAAAGUGACGGCGUCCGAACCUACCUCUCCAACAGCUCCUGCAUCUAGUUCGUCCGUAAGAGGGACCACGGCCAUGAGGAAGACUGCGGAGAAGACUGCGGAAGGAAAGGGUCACAGCGCUUACCUAGAGAGGCUAAGCGGGGAGUUUGCUGAGAGCACAAAGCGGCAGGCUGGAGAUCCAUUCUUCUCAGAUUCCUCUGCGCAUCGGAUUGGUUUAGAAAAGGGGGCCCGGGGCGCGAGUAUAGACAGGCUUGGUUCUGUGCAAACAGCUGGUAGGAGUUUAGCUCAGGGCCGAUCAGAAGUGGAUAACCGCGGCUCAACGCAGUACACAGUAGGUGUAGAUAACCCAGGAUUUGCUCAGGACAGCUUUAGCGGCGGAAACAAAUUGAGUGUUCACCAGCGAUUCAAGCAGCAGAGGGAGGAGGCCCUGUCUGGCCAGCACGCGGGAACUUCUGCUUUGGGGUCGCAGCGAGACAAGAGGUCGGGGGCGGAGAAACAGGGCCUCAGCGGGAGCAGGCAACUAGAUGUGAGUUUUGAACCGUCUGCUUCGACGAGUUUCGGAGCGGCCGCUGCCUCGAGGGCUCAGCUGAGGAAACAGAGCGGCCUCGACGACUUUGCUGAGAUCAGCGUCAGAGUCGAGGAGCUCCUGCGGGUCAGCCGGAGCCACGGCGCUGACGUCAGCCCCCAUGGAAGUGUGCCACUUGGCGUCCCCAGGAGCGUUGGUCAGGCACAUGCCGAUGUCAGCCCUGGUUCUAGCUAUUCCUUGAGUAGCGCCUCUCUGAAAAGACCGGCUCACGGCGCGAGUUUGAGACAAGGGAAGGAAAGUGAGGGGGUCAAGCUCGCGGAAAACCAGGUUGAAAUAGCAGGCAGAGGUUUGGGGAAGGGGUUUGUUGAUAGUUCCCCGUUGAAAAGGGGCGCUUCAGCUGGCUCCUCUGCAGCGGAGCCUGAGUUUCCUCCAUCUAGUUCGGCUCAGGGUUGGGAGACGGGAAUCUGGCGCAGCGAGGGGGGUAUGAAGUUGCUUCAGGAGGCGAGCGCGGACCCUGACGAACGAACGGAUCGAAGUCGAGGGGGUUUAACGGCUGAAAGAGGUUCUGCAGUAUCGAACAGAGGGGCCACGUCAGGGUUAGGGCGGUCGCCGAGAAGUGACGUCUGCACCGAUGUCAUCUCGGAUGGCGAUGACAUCAGCAGGGGGACCCCUCAGAGGACGCUGUUGACACCGCCGUUGGAGGAGGAGAGGAGCAGAAGCCGAUUCGAGGGGAACCCGUCGCCAAAGGGAAAGGAGCUGACUCUCGAUGACGUCGCCUUGAGUAGCUCGAGCGAGUCCGAGUCCGGAAGCGAAGAAGAGGAGUUCAACCCGCCUGCGGGGGGCCGCAGGAGCAGGGGCAAUGUCACUGGAACCAGGGGUAGCGUCAGCAGCCGCAGCAGGGGUGACGUCAGCAGUGACGUCAGCACGAGCCCCGAUAGAAACCGCAUCCGAAGCCCCGACACGUACGGGAGCAACAGCCCCGAUAGCUCGUUGAGCCCCGAUAGCUUAUUGGGCCCCAGCCGCGGGGACCGCUUCUCGAGCGUGCCCAAAUUGCACCACAACGGGGGGGUAGAUUUCCGGAUAGGUGCCCAGCCUGACACCCCCCCACGACGAAAGUCCGCCAAGAUCGUCCCGAUCUCCGACACUUGCAUCGCCCGGCCGACCGUGGGUCUGCGGAACCUUGGCAACACCUGCUUUCUCAAUAGCAUAUUGCAGUGCCUCAUAAGCACUCCCCCUCUCUCGGUGGCGCUCGUGACGCUUCAAGACCCCGCACUGCAGCAAGCAGUGGACUCGGAAAACGUGGCCGGUAGAGUUCUUUCGGGGGGAAGUAACGGCUCGCGGCCGAGGCUGGUUGGGCCCUUGGUACGGCUUCUUCGGGGGAUGACGGAAGCUCGGUCGGGGUCGUCUGUGAACCCGCAGGAGUUUCUGACCAGGCUCGAGAGAUGGGCCCCGCAGUUUGCGGACGGCGACCAGCACGACAGCCAGGAAGCCCUGCGCAUCAUCAUGGAGGCGCUCGACAUGGACUGCUCCCGAGUGAGAGCGCAGCCCCUCUAUCGGGAGCUGGCCAGCACGGGCGCUCCCCCCGAAAAGUUGGCGCGGGACGCAUGGAGCUACCACCGGUCGCGGCACGACUCGGUCAUACAGGACAUCUUCAGCGGUCAGCUACAAAGCACCGUCGAGUGCUUAGAUUGCGGUCUCCAGUCCCAUUGCUUCGACCCCUUUCUGGACCUCUCGUUACCCCUCCCCAAAGCCAAAAACGCGUCCGACAGCGGCGCAUGGUUUUCUCCCGGACGCUCCGUCACGCUCGCGCAGUGCCUCGCUGCGUUCACGACCGAAGAGGAGCUCGAAGAGGAUCACCACUGCGAGCGCUGCAAGGCUGCGAAGCCAGCCACGAAGAAGCUCACCGUCUUCCAACUGCCACGUGUCCUUGUGUUGCACAUCAAGCGGAUCUCGGGCGCGCGUUUUUCGCUGUUCUCCAAGGACAGCACCACCGUGGACUUCCCUCGAGAGGGGCUCGACAUGCGGCCGAGCCUCAGUGAGGACGCUCCCCCGAGUCAAACGGCGGACGCUACGUACGACCUUUUGGCGGUCUCCAACCACUCGGGGAGCAUGACCGGCGGCCAUUACACCGCCUACUGUAAAGAGACGGCGUCGCAAGGCGCCACGUGGCACUGCUACAACGAUUCUAGCGUUCUAGAAAUGUCCUCCAGUCAGGUCGUGACUUCGUCAGCGUACGUCUUGUUUUAUCACAAGCGACAAGUCUCCCAGUAACGAGGUUGGAAGCACGUAGGGUCGGCUUCGAGGGAGUAAAAGCUCCUUAUCGCAGGAUUAGAGAGAUAAGCGAGAUCAGUCAUCCGUUCGGUUACUUAGACGGGUAGUAUGGAUAUGCUGCAGCAUCUGCGAAAAGCCGACUGCGCAGCGGGCCAACAGCGCGCGGCCGGCGGCAAACAACCGCUGCAAGCAGUUGUACACUGCAAGAGUUGGGUCAGCCUUUGGGACAGUCCCAAGACGGAACUGGGAAUGCGCUGGGAUAAUUGUUUAAGAGUGAUCGGAGGUAUAUAGCUAGUGUUUUAGACGCGUUUGGUUGUGUCUAGCUCUGUACCACA